UGCAGAACAAAGCAAACCCAGAUCGUCUUCAGACUUCAGUCCGGUCAGUCAAGCUCAAGCAUGUGCAAGGUCAUCAACACGGUCCGGUCGCUCGCCUGGCUGCGCCGCAUCGUGCGGCGGUGGCGCUCCCGAGCGGCGGCCUCGGUGCGGCCCAACAAGGAUGUGCUCGAGCUAGACGCCGCGGUGCCGGCGGGGCACGUGGCGGUGCGCGUGGAGGGCCGCGGCGACGGACAGUCGUCGUCGAGGCGGUUCGUUGUGCCGGUGGCGCAGCUGAGCCACCCGGCGUUCUGGGAGCUGCUCCAGCAGGCGGAGGAGGAGUACGGUUUCCCGUCGGCCUCCGGCCCCCUCGCGCUCCCCUGCGACGAGGACCACCUCCGUGACGUCCUCCGCCGCGUCUCGUCCUCCGAAACCGAGGAGCGCGGCUCCUUCCGCCGCCGCGGUGUCGUGGCGGCGCCGCACGAUGACUCGCGGCCGCUGCUGCAGGGGGUGGCCGUGAAGAAGCUCGCCUCGUGAUCGAUCCUUUUCGAGCAACCCGGAAGGAGCAGCCAGCAGUAGUACAACUACGCGCGCGCCCAUGCCGCGGCGCCGUGCCAUACCCCAUCCAUGGCGCGACAGUUACACUGACAAAGUCCCCCGAUGCUACUGGAUUAUCCAUCAGUCGAGCUGCCAUUUUACAAAAUGUACAUAUUUUCUUCUCCUAGAAAUUAAUUGGAUAUAUUUCUGUCCUAUUUUUUUGCAACCUGUUGCCUGUACCCUGUACCUGCACACAACCAGCUAAAAAAAACACCACAACACGCACGCACACUCACUCAUACGGACACCGUGGCUGAGGAGGAGAGGAAGGGGACGGA